AUGGCGGAUGAUCCGGAUCCAGGACACAAGCUGGUGCGACGCAGCAGUCUUGGUAAAGGUUCUAAGAAACGACGCAUGAGCAAGAAGAAGUAUGAUGGACGCAGUAUUAUGGAUGAUAUGGUGGGCGUUAGUGAUAUGGUUUUACUUGACCCACUCACUGAAGACAAACUCAUGGAAAAUCUCGAAAAACGAUUCAAAGCUGGAGAAAUUUAUGUAAGUUCGUAUGCCAAUUGUUACAUCCCACAUUUUCUUAUCAUUUAUACGUUAAUUUUUUUCUUAUUCCUAAUUGUACGAGCAACAUCGCAUGAUUACUUGUUUAUUAUUAGCAUAUGAUAAAAUUGGAUAUAUAUACUUGUCCGUCAACAUCAUCUUCUCUCGCCAAAGCCCAGUCCUGCCAGACUUUCAACCAAAAUUUGGUACUUUUGUUCGUAUUUUCAUUUAGUUCUUUUGUUAAAGUAAAAUUUGGUGCUUUUGUUCGUAUUUUCUUCUAGUUCCUCAGGGGCAAUUUCAUUUCACAUUUGUGUUCAAAACACCUUUCCGCCAUUUUGUUUGUUUUGGGUAAAUCAUUAAAUGUACUGCAGUACAAUCUGUGGUACAAUUAAUGAAAUAAUUGUACUCCUCUCAACCAAUCAACAUCCAGUAAUUUUGUCAUGCUAAUAAUAAAUACAUUUAUACGUUGAAAUUAAGCAUACUAGCUGGCAGUCAAAGGCAUAUACAGGAGGAAAAUGUUUAGGGACAGGAAAAACUUUGCCAGUCGUCGAUGGAAAUUGCCUGACAAAUACUGUACACAUUUUUUGCGUCAUAAACUUCUCAAAAUGUCUGGCGACGGGGAGUGGUGGUGUGGUGUGAUAUGUGGAGGUCGCCCACAGCGAAAAAUAUUCGAGUUGAUUUGAGUAUUUGCAGUGUAACAUAUCUCUUUCUUUUUCCGCUUCUCUUUAAUCAUUUGCCCGAUUUUUAAGUAGAAUCUGCCCGACUAAAAAAUGAUUGGGAGGGGAGGGAGCUGCAAUCCCCGCUCCCCCUCUCGUACGCCGUCAGAAAACCUAUUACUACCGCAGAAAACCCGGCAGUGUUGACUUGUUCCAGCAGGAAUCUAAGCCUCAAUCUUAGAGGUUCCCGCUGUCAAUUAGAUUUUUCUGUAAUAGAUAUUAUGUAUAGUAUAAAUACUUUUUGUAUUAUUUUAGACAUACAUCGGAAACGUUGUGGUGUCAGUCAACCCUUAUGAAAAACUGUACCUCUACACCAAUGACGUAAUCAUGGAGUACAGAUCACGAAACAUCUAUGAAAUGGCGCCUCAUUUGUAAGUAUAGAAUGAUUUUGCGAAAGAACCACCAAGCUUUGGCCGUUUUUGCACAAAGAGCUGUAACAGAAGAAGAAGAUGCAAUUCAAAAAUCUGGAUGUACAAAAUGUGUGAUAUUUUUUGUUGGACAUUUACUGUUGACAUUAAUAUUUUAGUUAUAUUUGCUCGGACAGGGAAAACUGGGAACGAACGAAAAGGGCGCGAAAAUAGUUGUAGGACACGGGAUUUUAGAGAUAGAGUAUAUACAUGUUAGGAGUUUAUAUUAUGCGAAUUAUACUAUAAGAAAUAAAACUAUCAAAAGUUAAUGAAAGUGAGAAGCAAAUAACAUGGUGUCAGGAGUUUAAAAGAAGCCAGCUCACAUUAUUGAAAAUGAUAGAAGAAGCGAACGGUAGCGAAGCAGAAAACACGCCGAACACAGCCUCGGCAUGUCAACCAUUAUUGCCAGCGGGCUUGGCCAUGCCUAAGCCAUUAAAAACUGAAGGAAACCUUGCCUCAAACUGGAAGAAAUUCAAGCGAUCUUGGGAUAACUAUGCUAUAGUGGCAAGACUUAACCGAUUUGAAGAUGAAUUCAAAACAGCAACGUUCCUUUCGUGCAUCGGCGAGGACGCAAUGGAAAUUUUUGAGGGCUUAGAUUUUGCCUCGGAAGAAGACCGCACGAAAUUUGACAUUGUUGUAACCAAAUUUAAAGAGUUAUGCUUAGGUGAAACAAACGAAACCUAUGAGAGAUUCGUUUUCAACAGCAGACAAAAGAAUGAAAACGAAACAGUCGACCAAUACGUAACAGCACUGCGAACAUUGGCACAAUCUUGUAAUUUCUGUAAUUGUUUACGAGAUUCUUUGAUACGCGAUCGCCUGGUCAUAGGAAUCAACGAUAAUGCAACUCAAAAAAAGUUAUUGCAAGAUCGAAAACUCACCUUGACAAAAGCCAUCGACAUCUGUCGCAGUAGCGAGACCACGAAGAAACAAGUCAAGAAAAUCCAGGCAAACAGCGAAGCAAAUGAGGGCGAAAUCAACGCCAUUGUAAACAACAAAACCGAAACCGGAAGCACAGGAACCGGAAGCACAGGAACCGGAAGACGCGAUGACAGGCGUAUCGGACUUGAUAGGCGUGACGGGGGGCGUGACAACAAAAUUAAAUGCAAAUAUUGUGGAACAGUGCACCAACGAAAAAAGGAAUUAUGUCCUGCAUUUGGAAGCCGCUGCCGGAAUUGUGGUCGCGAAAAUCACUUCGCCAAAGUUUGUAUGCAGAAAGGAAGAUAUUCCCGCCAAAAGCCACUUCACGCAGUAACUGAAAACGACUCAAGUGAUUCAGGCGACUCGCUUAUGACUGUCGAACUAGACCCCACCGAGAAUGAUACCAUCAAUACAAUACACCAACCGAACAUUUACAAAUCACGGAUUUUUGCUACCAUGAAAAUAAAAGGGGGGAACACAACCAAAUUUCAAAUCGAUACAGGGGCAACCUGCAAUGUCCUAAAAAAGAGUGAAUUAAAAGGCACUAAAUACGAACGGCGCAUCAAACCUACGGCACAUGUUCUAAAGAUGUACAACAACUCAUCACUCACACCCCUUGGAAAGUGCAAAAUACAAGUACAAGACCCAAUUACAAAGCAAAAGUUCAAAGUACCAUUCACUGUUGUUGAUGACCAGAAUGCAAAAAGUAACCUUCUUGGCUGCCGCACCGUGCAACAAAUGAAUUUGAUUCAAAUUGGGAGCCCAAUUCAUGUCGAUCAAAUUAAUGAAGACCUGACUCGGCCUGAUCAAAUGGGACUGACAAUGCAAAACGUCAAAGACAUAUACCAAGAUGUUUUUGAAGGUCUUGGCACCUUAGGUCCAGCACUGCAUCUUGAAGUUGAUCCUGAAAUGUCGCCUGUCCAACUCCCACCAAGAAAAAUCCCAGAGUCGCUGAAGCAACCGUUGCGAGAACAUUUGGACGAACUUGUCAAGCUUGAGGUCAUAGAACGAGUAGACUAUCCAACAGACUGGGUCAGCGCAAUUGUUGUUGCACCAAAACCCAAUGGCAAAAUUAGAUUAUGCCUCGAUCCCAGACCACUCAAUAAAGCGCUGAAACGAUGCCACCAUCCAAUACCGACAAUUGACGACGUACUUCCAGAACUGUCCAAUGCAAAAGUCUUUACCAAAGUCGACUGUAGCAACGGAUAUUGGCAAGUAGAAUUAGACGAAGAGUCGUCUCUUUUAACGACGUUCAACACUCCAUUUGGACGAUUUAAAUGGCAACGGAUGCCUUUCGGGAUCUCCCCUGCAGGAGAGAUUUUCCAGCAACGACUAGACCAGGCAAUUGAUGACUUGGAUGGUGUACGGACUGUUGCUGAUGACAUUUUAGUAAUAGGAAAUGGAGAGACGAUGCAGGAAGCUGUAGCCGACCAUGACAGAAAGCUCAAGGAACUAUUCGACCGCUGCAGAGCUAAACAUAUCAAGCUUAACCCAAACAAGAUUGAGUUGAAGAAGACCUCAAUGCCAUACAUUGGCCACAUUCUUACAUCUGACGGUGUCCAAGCGGAUCCUGCUAAAGUACAAGCCAUACUAGAAAUGAAGCAACCCACAGACGUGGCUGGAGUCAGAAGAAUCCUCGGAACAGUUAAUUAUCUUGCCAAGUUCCUUCCCCACCUCUCACAAGUAUCUGAACCACUACGACAACUCACAAAAAAGAAUCAGCCUUUCGAUUGGGACAAAUCGCAUGACGCCGCUUUCACCCAAAUAAAGAAAUUGAUCACAGAACCGCCAGUCCUCAAGUACUACGAGUCGACCAAACCCCUGAUAAUACAGUGUGACGCUAGCGACCACGGCCUGGGGGCCGCACUCAUUCAAGAGGGAAAGCCUGUCGCAUUUGCCAGCCGAGCAUUGACGCACGCGGAGAAACAAUACGCUCAGAUAGAAAAGGAACUGUUAGCUAUAGUUUAUGGAACCGAGCGUUUUCACCAGUAUACAUAUGGCCGACCAGUCACAGUAGAAUCAGACCACAAGCCGCUCGAAGUCAUUCAUCAGAAACCUCUGUCAGCAGCACCUAGACGUCUUCAAAAGAUGAUGAUGAGAUUACACCAAUAUGACUUAACCAUCGUUUAUAAGAAAGGGUCAGAGAUGCUGCUAGCUGACACACUCAGUCGUCACCAUUUAGACAACUCCACCGACGAAGCACGCAGCGUCGACAGCGAUCUCGACCAAGUGGACAGUUUGGAAGAAAUAAACGAAAUACUAAAUUGUGAAACAACAACCAUAUUCCAAGACCACACAACGAAAGAUCAAGACCUACAGCAAGUCAAAUCAUUCAUCCAGUCAGGAUGGCCCGAGAGCUCCAAAGAUCUAUCUCCAGCAAUCACCCCGUACUUCCAUCUACGAGACGAACUAACAACACAAGAGGGCCUCGUGUUUAGGGGAGACCGCGUCGUUAUCCCAAAAUCACUACGAAAGCAAGUACUGAAUGAAUUGCAUGCAGCACACCAAGGGAUCGCAUCGACAAGUCGGCGAGCCAGAGAAACCGUCUACUGGCCACACCUGAACCAAGAAUUGAAAGACCACAUCUCACAUUGCAUCACCUGUGACACAUUCAAUUCCAAGCAGCCGAAAGAACCUCUCAUCCCGCAUGAAAUACCAAAGAGAGCAUGGGCAAAAAUCGGUUGUGAUAUCUUUGAAUUUGAAAAGAAAUCGUAUUUAGUAACAGUGGACUACUACUCGAACUUCUUCGAAGUUGACCGCCUUGAAAAAUUGACAUCACUGGCAGUCAUAAAGAAACUAAAGCCCCAUUUCGCCAGGUUCGGUAUUCCAAAUACUCUCGUGACAGACAACGGCCCACAAUUCAUCAGUGAUGACUUUCGAGACUUCUCUAUGAAGUACCAAUUUGAGCAUAUAACGACCAGUCCCUAUCACCACUAAUCCAACGGCAAAGCCGAAUCUGCCGUCAAGCAAGCCAAACGAAUAAUUCGAACAUGCAAAUCAUCAAACGAUGACAUUUACCUUGCCCUUCUUGCCCACCGAAACACCCCCCAAACAACUCAUGAAACAAGCCCCGCACAACGACUGUUUAACCGCCGUACAAAGACUCCCUUGCCCGUCUCGGAGAAGUUGCUCCAACCGAAGAUAAAUUCGCAAGCAAACAAACGCAUCCAACAAAGACAACAGCUCCAAAAGAAAUACCACGAUCGUGGCGCAAAAGAGCUCAGCCCGUUGCGGAAAGGAGAAGUGGUGAGACUACAGCCAACCCGAAUCGGCGAAAAGAAAUGGAAGAGAGGGAUAGUCGUACGCAAAAACGCAAUGAAACAAGUACCGAAACAAGUUCUACAAGCAAAACACGUAGUGGACGGUUAGUUAAAAAACCUGACAGGCUAGGUAUAGACACAUAAGGGAACGCGGUAUAUAUACGGUAUAUUUAUAAAGAAAAAACUUUCAGAGAAGAGGAGAUGUAAGCAAAUAACAUUUUUAAUCUUACGUCAUUCAUAUAAAAUCUUUUCCAGGUAUGCAGUUGCUGAUUUAGCGUACAGAUCUAUGCGAGAUUAUAAUAAGGACCAGUGUAUUCUUAUCACUGGAGAGAGCGGCGCUGGAAAGACAGGUAAACUAAUUCUAGCAGAUUGCACAGAAUAUUACUUACUUUGUAAUACACCAUUCCGGAAAGUACGUCAUCUUAUCUACAAAGCCUCGUUUUCGUGUAUUUGACAUUAGUUAAAGCCCAACAUUGCAAUCAUGAAUCUUUUCGAAAGGGUGUAAUGUAGGACGUAAUAGAGGUAAUCCUUCUCUUGGUUAAAGCUUAGAAUUAUGUUUUCCUUAUUUUCUAAAAUUGUAGAAGCAUCCAAAAUUAUCAUGCAGUAUGUCGCCGCGGUUUCUGGAAAGGGAAAACAAGUUGAUAAAGUUAAAGAACAACUUCUACAGUGUAAUCCAAUUCUAGAAGGUAGAGGAAUAAUAGUUAUAAAUCAAUGUAUCAAUAUAUAUAUAUAUAUAUAUAUAUAUAUAUAUAUAUAUAUAUAUAUAUAUAUAUAUAUAUAUAUAUAUAUAUAUAUAUAUAUAUAUAUAUAUAUAUAUAUAUUAUAAAACUCUUCACUGCCCUCCCAUUUCCUUUUAGCGUUUGGGAAUGCCAAAACAUUGAAAAAUGAUAACUCGUCCAGAUUUGUAAGUAUUCAGAAUUUUUUUUUGGUUUAGUGGAAAAUAUUAUACGUUUACUUGUUUGGAAAUUCUCUUGUUCCGAAAUGCACCCAGUAGGUCUUCGUCAAUGUAAACCUACAAGGAACGUAUCCAGGAAAUUCCGUACGUUCACACCAGUCUUUUGAUACAGUUGAACGUCUUCUUACGGACACCUUGUAAGCGGUCAUCUCUUGCAAGCGCUCACAAUCCCGGGCAAAGAUCUAUUAUGAAGCGGCCGGACACCUCCUGUAAGCGGAAACUAGCCUGCGAACAGGCCCUGGGUUGCGGGCGGCGCGAAGAAUAGAGGGCCUGCACGGAUGAUAGGUUUUCUUGGUAGUGGCGUUCGUAUAGAAACGCAGGCUUCUGAUUGGCUUACACUCGUUGACAAAAUUACUAAAAAUAGCAAAUGUCAACAACAGCAUUUUGAAGAAUUUGAACUUUAUUCAUUUUAAUAUUAUAUAUUAUAGGACUAUCGAACAAAUAAAACUAGAAAUGGAAACCAAAAGCAAUAGCAAAGCAUCACAGCAAAAAAGUCUAUCAUAAAUGACUUGAAUCUAUCGCUUAAAUCCAAUAUACGAAACUAUAACAGUAUUCUGAACUUCGUCUUCGGAUUGACAUCAGACUAUAGUAUAGUACAUUUUGAGGUCGUCGUGGCUUCACGGAUUAUUCUCAUUAGUGAGCAAGUCAGCAAGCGAAGGCAUACAAAAGAUACCCAAAUAUGUACGAAUAAUUAUAUUGUUGAUCCUCGCUGGCAUGUCAUUUAGAUAAAUAUAUAUCGUACAUUAAACGUUGUACUAUUUGCUGUAUAUUAAGACAAUUUCGUCGUCGAUACGGCUUCCACUAUUGGCACACUCGUGAUUUCGAAGAAAUUAAUAAAUACAUGCUCAUUUAUCAUUUAUUUAGACCACAGUUAGUAAAAUUUUAAACGUAUUCGGUAUUCCAAAUCCCAAUCUAUCUGACCGUAUUUUAGUAAUAGCUUCAAAAUAUUCAGAACAUUGUUCUUUCAGUCGCACAUAGUACAAGUAUUACUGUACAUUCAAAGCCAAUGGUAGUAUUUUAUUCGGCUUUAUAUUUGUAUGUGUAUUGAUAUCUAUUUAAUAUUUGAAUUCUAUAUUUUUCCGAGUAAUAUAUUGUACGGCCCGCUAAUGUUUUGUAUUAUUGUUCAUGUUGCACAAUGUACACGCCUUGCGUCAAUUUGACAGUUGACAGUUUAUUUAUCGCAGUCGACGCUGAUUGGUUAGCGUUUAGCAGAUGCGAAAAGGGGAUGAUUGAAUAAAACGCAUGGUUCCGUGCAGGCUCACCUUUCUCCCAGUGAGCCUGUUCGCAGGUUAAGCGGAAACAGACGCCAAAACUAAAAUCCAAAAUAUACUGGCCAUUUUUACUUCCAGUAAGCAGACAAUUUGCAUCUUUGGCAGUCUUAAUCAGAUGCUGUGUUGAAUUUGAUGAAUUAAAAACAUUGGUAUAGCUUAAUAAGACUAAUAUGAUGAAGGACGACAAACAUGUAUCGUCAUUUUUGUGACAACUAUUAAGAUGUAGUACUACAAUAAUUAAUUAUUAAUGAAAUAAUCGAUGAACUCUCAUAAGCGGACACUGUAGGGAAAGUACAUGGACUUAGAAUUUGACUUCAAAGGAGAACCUGUGGGUGGUGUAAUAACAAACUGUAAGUAAACCAAAUUAAACUGACCAUUUUUAAUGCAAGAUACUGAUAGUAUAUACUGAAUGAUCGCGUCACUGAGAAACACAGAUGGCCAUUUUUGCAUGAUAUAUUUUCUGGUUUUUGUUGUAAUUAGGCUCUAACCCAGCAGGGGCGUAAACACUCCGUAACUGGGGGGGGGAAAAUUGCUUAAUUGCUACCCUUUCGUUUUGUUGAGCUAAAUAACCAUGUUACUGUUAAUUCCGGCCUUUUGCCGAGCACCUGCAUGUUUUCAACCAUUUUCCUUAUUUUAGUCUCGUAUUGUGAGUCGUGCCAGCGAAGAAAGAAGUUUCCAUAUCUUCUAUCAGUUACUUAAUGGCGGAUCUGGAGAACUUCUGCGUAAGAAAUGUUGACUUAUUUUGUGAUUGACCGAGCAUGAUACUAUCUGAAACUUCCGAUUUCCGAUUGUUCCAGUUAGUCGCCAUCGGUUGAAUGACGUCAUUCAUUUAGCUCGAAACUCUGUAUUUGUAAUAAUAUUAAUAUAUAUAAUCAUAAAACAUUUCAAAUUUGUGAACGGCACUUCGGGUCGAAUGGCUAAAGAUGUUCAACAUGCAUUGUAUUUAUUUGGGCAUCUUCGAGAAAUUGUUAAUUUGUAUCUAAAUUAUAUAAUUUUUUCUCUUUAGACGCUCUGGGACUGGAACGCAAUUGCACGAAAUAUGCAUACUUAAAGGAAAGUGGUUGUAUAUCUGUCAAAACAAUUAACGACGUUGAAGAUUUUCGAUAUACUGAGGUAUAUGAUUGUCAUUCUGAUGUCAUUCAUUGCAACUCUUACUCAAUUCAGAGUCUGCGGAUUUUUCUACACCUUCAAAUGGCUCCAAAAAUCUCGCAAAGAUCCGUGGAAAUGCUUUAACCCAAACAAUAGGACACAAAAAGCUAUGGGGAAUGCCCUACUGUUAAGGAAUUGGGUUCUUAUCAUUCAACACUGGAUAAGCGGCUGGGGACAGUCACUAUCAAGGGUGUAUAUCACAGAUACAUGCAUCAGCUUGCGUCCUCCCAUGCGUGGAUUUCAUGUGAACUAAACCGCAAAGUAUUUUUGAUGAAAUUUCUAGGGUGCCAUGGGCAUUAUUGGAUUCAAGAACCAAGAAAAACUUUGUAUUUAUCAACUGGUGUCAGCCAUAUUGCAUCUUGGGAAUGUGCAAUUUGAACUAGCGAAUUUCCAUCACGGUUCCGAUGGUGUAUUUAUCACGAAUAAAAUGGGUAAUAUUACUGUACAGUACAUUUAAUAUAUGAGUAGUGUGAUUUCCCUAAUCCUUAUUGCCUAUACAUAUACUUCAUGCAAAAAUCAUGCAUGGAAAUAAGUGGUCCAUUAGGUAUAUAUAGCGAUCUUUACCACUCAGGCUUUUCCUUUACGCACAUAUACCUCGCCAAAAUUCGGCCUUUAAACAAAAUUAGCUAGUUUUCUAGCAUAUACAAGCUGAACAAUUCCACGCUGGUAUGCAACGAAUCGAUAGUGGCAGGUAUAAACCUAUACAGAUAUACACGAUAUAUUGUAUAUAUGCAUUUUUCCAGUGCUAAGGGUUAUCGGAGAUUUACUGAGAUGUGAACCUGAAGUACUGCAAAAGGCGUUAACUGAGAGAACGGUGGCAACAAAGCAUGAGACCUUCAAGACAACAUUAUCGCCGUCAGAGGUAUAUAUUAUAAUAAUACGACCUAUUUAAAAAAGUUGAAUGCAACCUAUGUUGGUUAUUAGUAUUUUUCUUUGUCUAUCUGAUGUGGCCAAUUUACCAAUUUUGCUCCACAUUUGGAGUUAAAUUUGGUUCAAAAUAACUCUAUUGGGAGUUAAAGUAUAACUCCCUGAAAUUAACAGGACAGAGUGAAAAACUGUAGUUUUGAAUAACUCUCACUUUUAUCAAUUAAGGCCGGCUAUGCCAGAGAUGCUCUCAGCAAAGCUUUAUAUGAUCGAUUAUUUUCAUGGCUUGUAGCAAGAAUUAACCAAAGCAUAAAGGUAUGAAAUGAUAUACCGUUCAUAGGAUGAAUUGUUUUCACGAUACAAUACCGCCCCUUCGAUAAUUACGUCAUUUGGCCUGGGAGCCUCGCUCUCAUGAAUCAUGAGCCAUUCACUUUGCGUAAUUUACUAAUGAGAGCGAGGCUACAAUACUAAAAAGUAUGUGUGACGUAAUUAUCGAAAGGGUGUAUUGUAUAUGUAUAAGCGUAUUAUUAUAUUCUACGUUUCCCUUGUUAUCACCCUUGCCUCAAUUCUUCAAUAUCCGUCUUGCGUACUGUAUUGUAUGUGUACGUUCAUCCUUUGCACUCCUAGGUGAAAAGGAGAACUCGAACCAAAGUGAUUGGAGUAUUGGACAUCUAUGGAUUUGAAGUUUUCCAGGUAAAUUU